AUGCCACCCAAGAAAAAGACCGCAGCAGCCGAAGGCGGCGCAUUCCGCUGGACGCUGGAGAACGAGAAGAAGCUCCUCAUCUUGACACAAGGACGCUACCUUACAGCCGAAGACUACGAGCGUAUCGUUGGCGUGUUUCCUGGCACCUCCAUCAAAGGCGUCCAAGUUCGCGUCUCCCUCCUCCGCGUCGAACAACGCAAGCUCUACGAAGAAUACGGCUGGACACUGCCCGAAGGCGGCGCUAAAGCAAAGACGCCCGUUACUACACCGCGCAAGACACCCAACAACAAGACAGCUAGUGGCAAGAAACGUGGCGCUGGUAUUCUCGAGGGCGAUGGAGGUGAUGGCUUAGACGAGGAGGAGGAGCUGGCUACGCCGAGUAAGAAACCGCGUGCCAAGAAGGCUAAGACCAAGAGCAAGAAGGAGGAGAGUGUUGAGGAUGCGGUUGAAGAGGAGGACGUCUCAUCUGGCGGCGAUGGAAAGAACGUUGGUGUCAAAGAGGAGGUUCUUGAUGAGGAGCUUGAUGAGAUGGUUUAG